CUUUUGUCAUUGUGCCGCGGAAACAGACAGAAGGGGACACGGGCAGGACAGAAGCAUGACACAUCGGAGCAGUGAAGGCAGCUGAAAGCUUGACACGGGCACCCAGCAGAGGACAUGGGGGACAAAUCAGGGACCAGAGUCUUCAAGAAGUCCAGCCCCAACUGCAAGCUGACUGUUUAUCUGGGCAAGCGAGACUUCAUAGAUCACUUAGAUCAUGUCGAUCCAGUGGAUGGGGUGCUACUUGUGGACCCAGAGUAUCUCAAAGGUCGCAAAGUGUUUGUGAUGCUGACUUGUGUGUUCCGUUACGGCCGCGAGGACCUGGACGUCCUGGGACUCUCCUUCCGAAAGGAUCUGUACAUCAGCACCUUUCAGGCCUUCCCUCACCUGCAUGUGGAGGAGAGGAAACCUCUGAGCUACCUGCAGGAGAGGCUGCUAAAAAAACUGGGCCAACACGCGUACCCCUUUAACUUUUGUAUCCCCCAGAACCUGCCCUGCUCAGUCACUCUGCAGCCCGGCCCGGAGGACACAGGCAAGGCGUGCGGCGUGGACUACGAGCUUCAAGCUUUUUGCGCCAACACUGCAGACGAGAAGCCUCACCAAAGGAACUCAGUGCACUUGGUGAUCCGUAAGGUGCAGUACGCUCCAGAGAAGAAAGGCCCUCAGCCCAUGGUGGAGACUAGCCGCAGCUUCCUUAUGUCGGAGAGAGCUCUGCACCUGGAGGCCUCGCUGGACAAGGAGCUGUAUUACCAUGGUGAGCCUAUCAGCAUCAACGUCCACGUCUCCAACAACUCCACCAAGACAGUCAAGAAGGUCAAGAUCUCAGUUCGCCAGUAUGCUGACAUCUGUCUAUUCUCCACGGCCCAGUACAAGUGUCCCGUGGCCCAGCUAGAGGCUGAUGACCAGGUUUCUCCCAGCUCUACCUUCUGCCAGGUCUACACGCUGACCCCCUGCAUGGGCACCAAUAGAGAAAAGAGAGGCCUGGCCUUGGACGGAAAGCUCAAACAUGAAGACACCAACCUGGCCUCCAGCACCAUCGUCAAAGAGGGAUGCAACAAGGAGAUGAUUGGCAUCUUGGUGUCCUACAGGGUCAAAGUCAAACUGGUAGUGUCUCUUGGAGGGGACAUCGCAGUGGAGCUUCCUUUUGUCUUGAUGCAUCCCAAACCACCCGGCCAGCCCUGCCCACAGCCAGCGGCUGAUGCUCCUGUGGAUACAAACCUCAUAGAUUUUGAUAUGACCAGGUCUUCUUCUCAGGGUGAUGACUUUGUGUUCGAAGACUUUGCUCGCCUGCGUUUGACGGGGUCCAACGUAGACGGAGACCCCCUCUGUUAGAUGCUGCAACCAGAAGCCUAACACGACGAUCUUCAGUGCAGAUAUGUUGCUGUCUUUUAAAGAGUAGGGUAUUUUUUACAGGUUUUCUAAUGAAGAAAAGCUCAGUGGAUGCAUUAAACAUAUCAUUGCGAGUUUACUUCUUAAAUUCUAUUGAAAAUUCCACUACUUAGUUAAGCAUAUUCAACUUUCAGAUGAAAUUUCAGGGAGACCCUGAAAUGCACGAUACAGGUGAACUAAAUUUGUUGAAUGUUUCAGUGCUUUUAGUACAAUUUGCUGUUCUCUAACAAGGAGCUGAAUGGCAAAAUUCACAGCAUCUGUGAAUCCACCGAUGCAUUUUCACAGAAAAGCAUACAAUAUGCCUUCCUGUGGCUCUUCCAGUCUCUCUGAUGCAACGUGCUGAUGACACUCUAAGCUCAGUGGCCACUUCCCGAUGAGAACAUUGUUUGAAUCCUUGCGCUUUGGUGAGGUACUGUUGAUCAAUUGUUGGUUGUCAUCUUGGUCUCAACAUGUAAACAGCAUGAUAAAGAAGACUGAUUAAACGCAAAUUCAAAUUGAACCAGGACAUUUAUUGGUUGAUUCGUGGAUCACACACCUGUGUGAAUUUUGUCAUUCAGCUCCUUGUUGGAGAAGAAGCAAGUUGUGCAAAAAGUAGUGAAACAUUCAAUAGACAUGUGCGUUCAAACGUUUAGAGAAGAUCAAAUGAAGUCCACCUGUGAUGAUUAUACUGUAGUGCAUUUUAGGUUCAUCUUGAAUUAUGUUUGUCAGUAGUGUAUGUCAAUUUUAUUCUAUACUCUCAUCCUUGUCAUUCCACCAUCUCUGUACUUUUGUAACCUGAGUCCUGUGUGUUUUAAUUGUCAACACCCACACUGGUGAGGUCAUUUCAGAGACUUACUGGCCCACUUCAUUGAAGUCACUGACUAGCUCAGGUGUUCCUUAAAAGUUGCAAGAAUGCUGGCAUUACAUGGCCACUGUUUGUGCAGUAUUGUGACAAAUCAUACCUGAGAUAUUUCAUGUACUUCACAUUACUCAUGAAAAUAGAUCGUGUUAUUUUCUUGAAAUGGAUGUUGUAAUCAAAAGUUUGUACAAAUAAAUAUGAAGCACACAAAUGUGACCAAAGU